UCGGGGACGACGAAGUUGUGGUUCUGAGGCGGCAGCCUGGACUCCACAGGUUCAGGCUGCCAUAUUCCUGGCAGCUUUGGCGGUGCAAACGUCGAGAUUGCCUGGUGCUCGUACAUGCCACACAAGCACACCCGAGCGCGGUCCCGAGCUGUACGAGGUCCCUGAAGGCCAUCACCACCACUGCAACAUGAUUGCCAGCAUGGACCUGGACAUGGACACAGGCACGCCGCUGGCUGCACCCACGCCGGCAAAGGCGUCUCGUAGGACACAUGCAAAGACCAGGACUGGAUGUAAGACCUGCAAGUCCAGAAAGAUCAAGUGCGACGAAGAAAAGCCCCAAUGCCGCAACUGCACAAAACACAAUGUCUCCUGUGACUAUCUCCACGCGCCCUCGCCGCGGCACAACGGCAGCACACUCUCACCCGAAUGCAGCGGCCGCCUCAACAUGGCCGACCUCGAGCUGCUUCAUCACUACACGACCUCGACAUAUGCCACUCUCACGGACAACAUAGCCCUCCGGGACUUCUACCGCUGCACAUAUGUCGAGCUCGGCCUCCGCUGCGAGUACAUUAUGCGCACCAUCUUCGCCCUGGCAGCAUUGCACCUGGCCCACUAUCGUCCAAGCAUGAGAAGCCACUACUUGUCUCUGGCCGCCGAGCAUCACCAGAUAGCUUCGCGAGAAGCCCUGGCGGCCAUGAACCAGCUCGGCCCCGACACGGCACCAAACCUGUUCAUCUUCUCCGCCCUCACAGUCUUCUACGCGUUCGGUUCCCCUCGUAAGGAGCAUGCCAACGACAUCCUCUUCUUCGACACCACCACCAGCGGCGUUCCAGACUGGAUCUUCCUGCUCCGAGGCUCCUUUGCCCUCGUCAAGACCCUCAGUGUCGAGGAGCGCCAGAAAGGGCCCCUGGCACCAGUCUUCGGCUCGGGGCGGGACUCGUGGAACGCCCGCGAGGCCAUGGCCGCGGCCCCAGACCCAGAUUCGGAGCGCGCGAGCCGGCUCGACGCCCUCGAGGGCUUCCUCUCCCGCCCGCGCGAGCACGUCCCCGCCCACCACAGGGCCGUAUACCUGCACUGGCUGCACGAGCUGCGCAAGAGCAUGCGGCACAACGACCAGGCCCUGGGCGACGCGACCGUCUUCAUGUGGCUGUUUGACUUCCCAGACGAGGUGCUCCCCUUGCUCAAGCAGCCAACCCAGGAGGUCUUGCUCAUCCUCGCCCACUUUGUCGUCCUGCUCGAUCGUAUGAGUGCGCGGUGGUGGGUGCAGGGCUGGGCCGCCCACCUAAUGGGCCGGAUCUGGUCGUUGCUCGAGGACGAGUACAAGAUAUGGGUGCGCUGGCCGAUGGAGCAGCUGGGCUGGGUGCCUCCAUAAGUCUGUCGUCGUUGCAGCCGAGGAGCAGGUUGACGCGGAGGAGAUGGGCAGGUGGCGAUAUGCAAAAGAUCCAUUCACAUCUUUUUGGGAGC